CUACCAACUACUGGGUUGACAUAGUUAAAAAGUAAUUUCAUAUUCCAUAAAUGGGUACAUAAAAUGACACUAAGCAGUGUAUUCACGUCACAAAAUGGUUCCACUUGGAAUGCCGCACGGAAAUCUCUAACAGCAAGAAGUAAAGGCUAUGAAUACCCCUGACUUAGUUUUUAGGGAUAAAAAUUGUGAACAUGUUUUGUUUAUUUUAUCAUAUAGAUGCUGAAGAAGUAAUUUUUCGAAACUUGGAGUUAAUAUGUUAUUUCAAAGCUGCUAAACAGAAAGCAGACUUUUCACUGACAGAUGAAUCUGGUUUAAAUCAAAUAUUCAUUCAUAUGACAGUAAUAUUAGGAUCAGCUAAUCGUAUUUACUUUACAGUCAUGAGUCGCGUAUUUCUUUAA